GAAAAUAAAUAGUGUUUAUCAAUAUUAUGUGAUUAAUAAAAUUCUAAAAAUAUGAUAAUGAAAAAGUUAUUUAUAAUGAAAUUAAAUAUUAAAUUAUAUCCAUGUAAAUGCUUUGUAAAAAUGAGAGUAGUACAGAUUGGAUAUGACACAUGGUUCCCAUUAAUUAGUUACAAAAAGCUAAGAAUUUAGGAUAAUUGGUCGAAUAAGAUACUGUCACAGUAAAACAUGCAUAUGUGGGUAAUAUAAUCUUCUAAAAAAUAGUAUCACAUCAAUAGUGAUUGAUAUGAACAUGGUUUCUAUUUAUUAGUUAUGAAAAGCUAAGAUUUUAGGAUGAUUGAUCGAAAAAAUAUUGUCAUAGUAGAAUAUGUAUAUAUGGCUUAUAUAUCUUCAAAAAAUAGUUUCAUAUCGAUAAUAGUAAAAAAACAUCUAUCAACUAGAUCUGCUACAAAUAAUAACAUCUCUCAAGUCGAACUCAUUCUAAAUUUUGGGUUUAAAUUUAGUGAAAAAGAAAAACUAAAAAUGUGUGACUAAAUUUAUUUUAAUCCUCUACAUUACUUAGAGUACAUUACUCAACAGAUUAGUAAGACUAAACUGGUCAUAAUCACAGCGAUUAGGUGGGCGCUUUUUCAAAACAUAGGUCUGAUUUCUUCUGAUAUUCUACCUACACCUUUUACUUCUUAUUGUCUUUUUCUAGGUUACCUUUAUUUUGGAUUAUUCUUUUUGGAUUAUUACCUUGGAAAUCAACCAUUGUUAUUCAAAGAAGUGAAAUGGGUACUUAUAGUGUCAAACAAAUGCUUUCGCAUUUUUUGAAGAGAACCUUCCGUUUUAAUUUCUUCUAGGGUGUGGGGACGUCCUGUUCCAACUUUUAAUAUUCUAGGUUUUUCUUAGUUUUUGUUAUGUUCAUGUGUAUUGCUCUGUUUUCUCUUGUUACUAUUUCGUUUAUUUGGCUUCAGAAAAAUCCAAGUUUGUAUAGAGUAACAGUAUCUCGAGUUUGUAAAAUAUGGACAGAAUCAGUGGAUUGCCCGAUGAAUUGCUGGUCAAGAUAUUAUCUAUUGUUGGAACAAAAGACGCUGCUUCCACUAGCAUCUUGUCUAAGCGAUGGAAGUUUCUUUGGAUGUGGUUGCCUGAACUUAAGUACAUGAGUACUAGUACAGAUAUUGAUAAUUGUGGACUUCUUCGGAAUUUUAUUGACAAGAACAUGCCUUUGCAUAGAGCUUCGGUCAUAGAAAAAUUGUGUUUCGAGUUAAGAGAUUCUAAUACUGAAGAUAGCAAACGGUGGGUUGAAAUUGCAGUCUCUCGCCAUGUACAUGAGCUGGAAAUUACUCAUUAUUCAGAUGAUUCAAACGUAUUACCGAGCAGCUUUUACACCUGUAAAUCUCUCGUGAUCUUAAAACUCAGUGGUGUGGUUCUGAGGGAUGCUCCUUCAAUGGCUUGUCUCCCUUCUUUGAAAGAUUUGCAAAUUGAUUGUGUUACAUACGCAGAUGAUGCAACUCUUCAACGCCUUCUUGAUAUAUGUCCUGUUAUUGAAGAACUGGAUGUGCAUUGUGAUGAUUACAAUUUAAAUGCGUUCACUAUAAUCGUCCCGACUUUGCAGUGUUUAUCACUCUUUCUACCUGAAAUAUAUAUAAAUAGGUAUGUGAUAGAUACUCCUUCUUUGCAGUUUUUCUAUCUUGACGAUUGGGAUUACGUUGAACACGACUUUGAGAUUAAAGAUAUGCCUCAGCUGAGUGAAGCAUAUGUUAAUGAUUAUUUCUUUGCUCUCAAGAAUGUGAUUAAAUCAAUCACAUCCAUCAAGCAUCUUACAAUAUGUUCAGAGGAUCAUGUGUAUGGUGAUGGUUUAAUUUUCAACCAGCUUGAACGUCUGACUAUAUGUGUUUGCCAAAAGGGUUCUUCGAAUCUCCUUGUCCAAUUGCUAAAAGAUUCUCCUAACUUACGAGUACUACAACUCUUCAGAAGGGAAGAUGAGGAGGAGGAGGAGUGUAGUGAUAUGGAUUUCUGGAAUGAACAGAGUCAUGUUCCUAAAUGCUUGUUGUCGAGUCUUCAUGUUUUUAAAUGGUUACGAUACUUUGGGAGACCACAAGACAGAGAUCUCACGGUGUACAUCUUGAAGAACGCUUGUUGCUUAAAGAAAGCAGUAAUCUUGGCUGAUUCAGUGGAAUAUGAUGUUCCAAGCAUUAAGAUGAUCAAAGAGUUGGCACUUUCUACCCGAGCUUCAAGCACAUGCGAACUCGUAUUUAAUGAGGACGAGAAUCAUAUUGAGGGAUAAGAAUGUCUUCGACAGAAAUAAUUAGAGAGAUACUUGAAGGUACAAACUAUGUAUUUAAAGAAUGUCUAGUUCUUGAACUCUGCUAUUUGCUAUGCUCGUAUGUUUCAUCUUCUUCAAAAUUCUAGCUUUUAUCUAUUAUCCAAUAACAAUGAGAUAUAUUGUUGACUGAACGAUAAUCUGUAUUCAUGUGUUCAGUUUUAAAGUUUUUGGAUUUGAAAGUUUUUGUUUGGUUUAUAAAAAAGUUAA